GGAUUCCUUGGCUCCGUUUGAACUUCACCGGUGACACGCAUACCGAGGAUGAUGUGCAGAUGUCUGGACCUAUGGCCAACCUCUUGAAUCAGCUGGCCGGCGAUCUCGGAUUCACCUACACCGUGGAUUCACCCGAAGAUGGCCAGUGGGGCGUGCCCUUGCCAAAUGGAGACUGGAGUGGUAUGGUCGGCAUGGUGUAUAACAAUAGAUCCGAUCUGGCUCUGGGUCCUUUAGUGAUGACGUACGGUCGCUCGCAAGUGACCACAUUCAGCUCCCAAGUGACUACGGACUACUUGACCAUCCUGGCCGGCUUUCCUAACGUCAUUCACGCAAGCAUCUUUGGCACGUUGAUGGCAUUUGAUUGGCAGGUAUGGAUAGCUCUGCUGGUCUCGCUGCUGUUCUGUGUCUUCGCAGCUGUGAUGAUGGACUUAUUCACCAAAGAGAAGGUUGGAAUUUCCAGUCCAAAACAUCGUGUUGGAAAACUGGUGGAUGUAUUUUUCGAUGUUGUUCUACGAAGUCGCUUCUUCCGCACAGCUUCGCCACGGCCACCGCGUGGUACGCCAUCCAGGAUCGUAUUUGCCAUGUGGUGGCUGACGGUGCUGGUGCUUAUGAACGCCUUUACGGGUCACAUGAAGGCUACAAUGAUGGUGCGACCUGAACCCGACCGCAUCGAUUCCAUGAAGGAGCUCGCUGAGCGCGGGCACGUGAAGACCUUCAUAUGGGAGGGCACCGCCUAUGAAUCCCUGCUGAGCGGUUCUCGGAAUGUGCCGGAGUACCGAGCCGUGUGGGAGAUGGUUGUUCGCAGCAACGGCACGUUCGACACCAAGUCGCUCUACUCCCGAGAGAACCUCAUCGCGGUGCAGAAUGGAGACGCAGUCAUCGUCAGCGACGCCACCACAAUGCGUUUCCACGUGGCGGCCAGCUGUAGCGUGUUGAGACACGGCACCUUCUACUUCUCGCGGGAGCAGUUCUUUCCGCACAAGUUUGCCGUGGCGCUCAACCGAAACGAAGACCCAGCCUUCGUCACCGUAGUUAACCAACGGAUCAGCUGGAUGAUGGAGAGCGGCUUGUUGGAUGCCUGGAUGGAGGAGGAGUACGGCGACUGGCAGAAGUGCGCCUCUGGCUCCGGUGAGGACGCGUACAGCCCGCUGUCACUGUUCGAGGUGCAGUCAAUCUUCGUCAUCUACCUCAUGUUCGGCGCUGCAUCAGCCAUUGCAUUCCUGUUCGAGCUCCUUGUCGGUGGACUUCCAGUUUCGAACAAGAAGUCAACAAUACGGAUCACCGUUACACCUGAGUCAAGCGCAUGGACGAUGGCGCAUGGAACCUUUCAAUAUGCGCCUAGAAUUAAACUGCAAACACGCUACUCAUGAGAUCGCCUAUCUAGAACGCUCAUCUGUCUUGGCGAACAACGUAGAGAACAUGUGCUUGCGGUGUCUCUUUGUACUUAUAUACUUAGGUAGUAGUUUUCCAACGUUAGAGUGCGACUAGGAGCGUUCGGAAACAUUAUGUGCAUGUUCUUUCGGUGUCCUAGGAGAACUGCACUAGUCACCGAGUUUACAUUUCAAUAAUAGUGGUGCACGUUAGGGGUGUUUUGCACAGAAAUAAUGUGUCACGUUCGGGGAAUAAUGAGGGCUCAAUGAAAACUGGUAAACAUUCGUUUUCAGCCAGUUAAGAGACGUUAUACAAAAUGCUUAUUAAGUUUACCCGCAGCCCUGGGAGAAGCAAGUGUGGCAGCACUUCUAUAGAAGGCGAGAAUAGGGGAUAUGUUAUGGGGGACCGGUAAAUGCAGUUUGAACUGUGCAGGUUAGUUACAGCCCUCGCGGGGCGCCAGAUCUUUACAAGCGUCUUUUGCGAAUCGCAUAAAAAGUUUGAUCUAUCUCCUGAAAGAAGCCCAUGCGCCACAAAAUAGCAUUUCAAGAAAAGGGCAAUCUAGUGGGUGAUAUGUGGCAAAUGUUUUCAGGGCGUCAGUAAAUUACGGGCUGUUAAAAAAAUCCUUAAGCAAGCGCUCGAAAGCGUUAUAUGGCCGUUAUAGGCAAUGUUUCCCGAGGUCCGUUACACCAAGUUCACAUUCGGUUGCAAUAGCAGCAAUGUAAAGGCGAAGUGGCGAGAAAAUUUCAAAAGUUCUGUAAUAAAUAUGAACCGUCGUACUUCCUGUAUUUUUAUGCGUUAUACGAGCUUCAUAUUAGGCUUCCCUGGUGCUCUCAUUCAACUAAAUGAGGCGCCUUUUUAGAUUUGGUGAUAAUAAUGGAAAUACUAUGAGUAAUAUAGAGGUGAAGAUAAUAUGGUGUGGGUUGAUUAGUGCAUUUGUUGUACAUUGUGUAUGGAAGCGCUUCUGAGCAUUACGACUAUGCUUUACAAAAGGCGAAGCAUAUAACUCAUGGUACUGUCAACCCUUCUGUUGCAACUGAGAAUGAAUAAACUUGUUGAUAAUGCGAGGAACAAGACCCAAAACGUGCUUGCGACGUUAAGUAUGUGUGGACAAAAUAGGUAUAGUUAU